AUGGGGAAAGUUGGUGAUUGGCUUGAUUCGUUCAACCGCAAGGUUGCCACCAGCAAGGUUGGAUAUUGGUUCAAGCUGGAUGGCUCUGGACAUCCCAAAGAAAGGAAGGGAUCCUACUUCUUCACCGAGAUGCGUGCUGGUCUCGCGACCUUCUUCGCCAUGUCGUACAUUAUUGCCGUCAACGGAAGCAUCGUCGCCGACAGUGGAGGAACUUGCGUCUGCACGGCAGAUCCCGAGGUUGAUAGAUGGUGUCUCAAUGAUCCGACCUAUGCUAUCUGCAAGGCCGAGGUCAAGAGAGAUAUCAUCACCGCCACCGCUGCCAUCGCUGCUUUCGCUACUUUCUUCAUGGGUCUUCUCGCCAACUUGCCUAUUGGACUUGCGCCUGGCAUGGGUUUGAACGCCUACUUCUCGUACACCGUCGUCGGAUAUCACGGACAGGGUCUUGUUCCCUACCAGGUUGCCGUUACUGCCAUCUUCGUUGAAGGCUGGGUGUUCUUCGGUCUUGCGCUCCUUGGCAUGCGCCAGUGGUUGGCCCGGGCUAUCCCUCGGUCCAUCAAGCUGGCCACCAGUGUCGGUAUUGGCUUUUUCCUGACCCUCAUCGGUAUGACCUAUUCCGAAGGUAUUGGUCUCGCGGUCGGCGGUACCACGGUGCCCAUCGAGCUUGCUGGUUGCCACCCCGAGUCUCGCGACCCUGUCACAGGUGCCUGCCCGGACAGUGACAAGAUGCGCAACCCCAAGAUGUGGAUCGGCAUCUUCUGCGGCGGUGUUCUCACGACCAUGCUUCUCAUGUAUCGCGUCAAGGGUGCCAUUAUCGCCGGUAUCAUCCUCGUCUCCGUCAUCUCAUGGCCGCGCACCACCGAGGUCACCUAUUUCCCCUACACCGAUGUCGGCAACGAUGCCUUCGACUUCUUCAAGAAGGUUGUCGAUUUCCAUCAGAUCAAGCAUGUCCUCAACGUUCAGCAAUGGGAUAUUUCGGGACACGGCGGACAGUUCGGUUUGGCGCUCAUCACCUUCCUCUACGUCGACAUUCUCGAUACAACCGGUACCAUGUAUGCCAUGGCUCGCUAUGCCAGCCUUGUCGAUGAGGAGACUGGUGACUUUGAGGGUUCUACCAUUGCUUACAUGGUCGACUCCGUCAGUAUCGCCAUCGGUGCUCUUUUCGGUACUCCCCCCGUCACUGCCUUCGUCGAGUCCGGUGCCGGUAUCGGUGAGGGUGGCAAGACUGGUCUUACAGCCAUGUCGACUGGCUUCUGCUUCUUCAUCGCCAUUUUCUUCGCCCCCAUCUUUGCUUCGAUUCCCCCGUGGGCCACCGGCUGCGUCCUUAUCUUGGUCGGCUCUAUGAUGGUCCGCGCUGUGACGGAUAUCAACUGGAAGUACAUGGGCGACGCCAUUCCCGCCUUCGUGUGCAUUGCCCUCAUGGCCUUCACCUACUCUAUUGCCAACGGUCUUAUCGCUGGUAUCUGCAUGUACAUGCUCAUUAACACCCUCGUCUGGGCCGUCGAGAAGGUUUCCGGAGGUCGCAUCGUGCCCCAGAACAAGGAGUUCAAGGACCCCUGGGCCCCGAACUUUGGCAGCAUCAUCCCAGGCUGGAUGAUCUGUGUUGCCAAGGGCAAGGCUCCCUGGCAUAAAGAUGAGCCUGUCAGGUCAAUCGAAGGAACCACUGAGCCCGGGCCGGUGCUGGUUGGAGAGAAGGGCGAGAAGGAUAGCUCAUCUGGCUCAAGACCAGGCUCCGCGACUGAGCUCCCAGCUGAGCCUGUCAACGAAAAGGGCGCCCAUCAUUGA